GAUGGGAGAUAAAACUGAAGCAAGGUCCAGCAGGGUCAAUGUUGGAGCAAGAGGUCAAGAAAAAGAAGUGAAAAGAAAAGAUGAAGAAAGUAAAAGCGAAGGAUCGAAUGAAGCGAUAAAAGAUGUACCACCAGGGGAAGGGCGAAAGGAGACAAAGAAAAUAAAGGGUUUUGGAAAUUCUCACAUUUCCUCGCAUCUUGUCAGCUAUUGUAUUCUUGGAGUGGUGCUCAUGGCCAUGGGGUCUGCAGUUAUGCUCGUAUGGGGCGCUCCAGCAUUCGGACGAUAUAUCAUAUAUAGAACCCCAAUUCCCGACUAUAGCGUCACCCUUACAAAUCCGACCAACAAUAGCAUAUCCUUUGCGAUCUCAACCAACAUUCGAGUCCCGGAUAGGUUCAAAAUCUCUGUCGAUCCAAUGCAUGCGGAUUUCUUCCUCCCGGACAGUCAGCUUUAUACAGUUCCACUUGCGACAGUCGAUCUUGCAAAAAUGGUAUUUCACUCUAAUGAGCGAAUAGAGCUUGUAAACCAAACGUUAAAGUUCGGAAAUCUGAAUGAAUUUGCGAAGCUGGUUGAACAGGUCGUGUAUCAGCCAACAUUCAGAGUAGUUGGUCAGACACGCGCAAAAAUACGCCUUCCCCCGAUUCCGGCAACAUGGAUUGAUAUCGAUGGGGCUAUUGAAUUACCGGCAUUCGACAACUUUGCUCAAAUCGGUAUAAGAGAUGUCAGAGUACAUCUUCCUGAUGCUGAAGGCUACAAUAUGGUAGCCGAAAUGGUCAUGAUCAACGUAACCCCAGUUUACCUAACUCUGGGCGAUAUGUAUUUGCAGAUAUUGAUUGGCGAUGUCCAGAUAGGACAGGCCUUCGUGACGCUCAAUGGCAUCAUACCCGGCAACAAUACCCUUCUCGUUAAGGGAAUUAUGGAUUAUGGGAAUAUCCAAAAGAAUAUAAUGUCUAUACUAAAAACGGAGGCCCCCUAUCUUGAACGGGGACUGUUUAUGGCGUCUGCAGUGGUUGAAUCCGUUGUGAAUGAGGGCCAGCACCUGAACUAUUGGGAACAAUCGUUUCAAUCGAUCAAAGUGUCCGCCACAACGCCAAUCAAGGCCCUUUUCAGCAGCAUCAUAGGCAACGGUUUUGAAUCAGCGCCCAUAGAGAUUCCCGGCAGUGGCAGGGGUGGUGGGGACGCAAUCGCAAGCCUUGCUGAUAAGGUCCUUAAGACAAUCAAUGAUCUCUCAGCAAGCAACCAUAUCAAUAUAUGGAAUCAGAGGGGAGGGCCUCCAAUCCAGUUGGGGAUUUCAUCGCAGUCUGGAUCUCAAUAGAAUUUGACAGGUUUUUCGCGACAGCCGAUAAGAAUCUAUGAAAAUAUGUGGGAUAAUUCCGAAUCGAAUUGAACAAAUUUGAUCAUUGAGAAUCGACCGAAGCUAAUCGCCCGUGUUCCCUGGCUCAGGCCGUGGCCGUGGGGUUUGAGUUGAGCGUGAUUGUUUCGGCUGGCACAUCUGGGAAAAAUUUUCUUUUUUUCCGUUGGAUGUCACUGGUGGAACUUGUCAGCUUGACGAAGGGUAUGCUCCAUGAGUCCAUGUACACGAGGUCUCCACCUUUGGAAUAAUAAUUCAGUGUGCUAGUUGGUCGUUGUAAGGAAGGCUCUGGAAGAGAGAAUUGAAGGAGGAAUAGAGGAAGAAGGGUUUUAUACUAUGUGAUCACCCGGUUACAGAUGAACAUGGUGCUAUGUGAGACCCGAAACCUCACCAUGAGACUACAGAGCUAGAUAUAGCAGAGAAGCAGGCAAGGGGUUUGAGGUUACGGGACCACUUGAGUCCUACUGGAGCUCCACGAUGCAAGAAUAGAGAGCUGACUCAGCACUCUGAAUCUCAUCAAUACAGUC